AUGGGUAUUGGGGAUGAGCCGGAUGUACCACCACCUUCAUCCGCGAGGGCCAGACCACCACGUCCACGAUCAAAUAAAAAAAUGUCAUGGACGUGGGAACAUUUCACAAAGGUUGACGGUGAUCCCUCGGAACCGCACACAGCUUGCAACCAUUGUGGCACAGAGGUUGCAUGUCAUUCAAAGAAACAAGGCACUGCUGGUUUAAUAUCACAUCUAAAUAGUUGCCAGAGGUAUAAGAUAGUGAAAGGAUUGGCGGCUCGUGAUCAGACAACGCUAAGUUAUGAAACUUCUACUGCAACUGAUGGUACGCAAUUCAAGAAAAUGGUCAUCCCUCAAUAUAGUGAGAAGAUGUUGAGAGAUGCGCUUGCUGAGAUGAUCAUAAAAGAUGAGAUGCCGUUUACUACAGUUGAGAAAAGUGGGUUCUGA